ACCAGGAGGCUGCUCAGCUAGAGGACACACCCCAGGGCCCACAGCUGGGGGAGCUUACUGCAGGCAUUCAGGAGCGAGUGGCGGCGUAAAGAUAAGGCCGACUUCCAGCAGGAGAGCAGCCCACUGGGGAGGGGGGCACCAUCACAGCGAUCAGCUCCCUGCUGCAGCCACAGAGAAGGCCUCAGCCAAGGCUGGGGCGGCCAGAGCUGCGGGGGCUUCAGGGCCGGAGAGGAGCAGAGCAGCGCGGAGAGCGAGCGUCAGGGGUGCCAGCCUGCUGUCCCACUACUGAGGAAGAGGAGCGGCAGGGUGAGGAAGACACAGCGAGGAGGACCAGAACGGGAGACGACUAGCCGAGAGCAGCAUGAGUUUGAGCGGCACCCUGGACAAACACGCGGCCCCCCAGCAGGGGAUGGACCUGGGGGAGGACUCCCACUCGCAGCACACCCACCUCCAUAAUUCCAACUCCGUGGCCUCCACAGCCCCCACAGGGAACCAAGCAGGGGUAUCGGGGGUGGUGGUGCCGCCUCCGUACUCGGCUGCAGAAAGCGGAGGGGAUGCCCCUCUAGAGCUGCGGGGGGCGCUAGACUGCUGGGCCUGCUCAGUGCUGGUGACUGCACAGAACUUGGUCAUUGCUGCUAUCAACGCCGGAUUGGCUGGUCUGGUGUUCGGCCUCAUCCUCACGCCUGCCAUCGUCAUGGUGGUGUUCGGCUUCCUCUGCCACUCCACGGUAAGCUGCCUGUGUGCAUCUCCCCAGCGUAGCUCCUAUGAAGCCUCCUCUCUUGGUUCUAAAUCUCCCCCUUUAUGUCGUCUAAAUUCUUCAUCCUGACACGACCACCUAGCCAACCCUGAGCACAUCAAAUCAUAAAACAGAACUAAAAAAAAAAUUUAUAAGAGAAAAUUAUUGGUUCUUAAUUUUUAGGAUAUUUAAAAAGCACGUGUUCCACAGCAACAAUAUUGUAUGGGAAGGCUAGUAAGCAGCUUAAACACAUGAUACACACCAUGAUAUAAAACCACAUCCCUGAAUGGGAUUCCUCAUUUCCCUCCUAAAAUGCCUUCAAUGGCAGUAAACAGGUAACAUCAGAAAAAUAAAGCCUAAUCUCUGGUAUGCUGAAACACAUGUGUGGAUCAACGAAAAAAAAGAUAAAUUGAGGGAAAUUAAAGAGAUGCAUGACCCCACUUUCUACACUGUGUAACCCUCUAAGACAGGCUCAGGUGGUGGGUCAGGGGCCGAAGAACAGGAGUGACGUCAGAUGAAAAGCAUUUCUAGAGCACGGGGGAAGGGAUUAAGCAGUGCCCUCUCUCUCUCUCUCUCUCUCUCUCUCUCUCUCUCUCU